CGAUUUGAGAAACGGACGGCAGAUUGAGGGGUGAAAUCACACCGUGAGGCUGAAGUGAGAGACCUCGAUCAUUUGCGACCUCUAUAGCAAAGCCUCAUUUUAUGGGAUCCGGAUCUCCCGACUUGAGUGGCACUAGAGUCAAGUCGGGGAUCUCCGUCCCAUUUUGCCUUCUCUCACCUUCCUCUUCCUCUCUCUCUCUCUCCGACAGCUCCUUUCCCCUCUCCUCGUUCCUCACCCCGCCAUGGCCUUUUUCUCCCACCACCAUCUUCAGCAGCCGCCGCCGCAGCAGCAGCCGGUGCAUCCUUCCUUAAGGAACGCGCUGCCGGUGCCGGUGCCGGUGGAUGGCCAGAUCCCGGCGCCGCUCGCCUUCUUCAACCCUCCGGCCGCCUUCCCGGAGCAGGCCGCGCAGGCACCGCUGGUGGACGCGUUGGGGCUGGCGGGACGGGGAUGGAGGCAGCCGAGGGAGCAGGAGCUGUUAGGGGAGAACUCCCAGAUGUCGUCCAUCGAUUUCCUGCAGACGGGCUCGGCGGUGUCGACGGGGCUGGCGCUGUCUCUGGAGGACCGGCGCCACGGCGGCGGUGGCGGGGCUGGGAACUCCUCGGGUGAUUCGCCGCUGCUCCUGCUGCCGAUGCUGGAUGCCGACAUCUCCCGUGAGGUCCAGCGGCUUGAUGCUGAUAUGGACCAGUUCAUCAAAGCCCAGAGCGAACGGUUGAGGCAGACUAUAUUGGAGAAAGUUCAGGCAAAGCAGUUCGAGGCACUGGCCUCAGUUGAGGACAAGAUACUCCGAAAAAUACGGGAUAAAGAGGUGGAAGUGGAGACCAUUAACAAAAGGAACUCUGAACUUGAGGACCAGAUUAAGCAGUUGGCAGUGGAAGUUGGUGCUUGGCAGCAAAGGGCCAAGUACAAUGAGAGCAUGAUCAGUGCACUCAAGUACAACUUGGAACAGGUAUGUGCCCAUCAGAGCAAGGAUUUCAAGGAAGGCUGUGGUGAUAGCGAGGUAGAUGACACGUCAUCCUGUUGCAAUGGUGGGGCUGUCAAUUUGCAACUGAUGACGAAGGAGAACAUGCAACCGAAGGAUUUGACGGCCUGCAGGGUCUGUAAAUCAAGCGAGGCGUGCAUGCUCUUGCUGCCUUGUCGGCAUCUUUGCCUAUGCAAAGAGUGCGAGAGCAAGCUGAGCUUCUGCCCCCUGUGCCAGUCCUCGAAGAUACUGGGCAUGGAGAUAUAUAUGUAGAGUAGAAUUUGUGUACCGCUCGAGUAUCUUUCGAGAUACUGCUAUGUUAAUACAUCAAUCUAUUGCGAAACUGUAGAACCUAUGUACCACUAUGACAUGACACUGGAUCGAAAGAACUGCCGUUCAUGGUAGAUUCACUGCAGUAAAUUUCUAUUAGAAGUU